CCCGGACGGACGGCCUCACCGUGUCGCGUCACCCCGAUCGCACCCGCUCCAUACAAAAUCCUUCCCAGCGUCGACACCGCAACCACCUCCACCACCACCACCACCAUGCUCUCCCGCCGAUGACGCCGCCCCCGCCCCCGCCGCUCCUCCUGCUCACCCACCACCUCACCACCGCCACCGCCGCCGUCUCCGCGCUCAUCCUCCACCCCGCGCCCGCCUCCCGCAAGCGCAACCGCAGCGACGACCCCGACCCCGACGACGAUCCCGUCCUCGUCGUCCCGCCUCCUCCUCCCGCGCCGCCGCUGCCGCCGACCAGCCCGGACCACUACCCGCUGGCCUUCCGCGUCUCCGCGCCCACCUUCCACUACCUCUCGGGCCUGCUCGACCCGCUGCUCUCCCACCCCUUCCUCCCGCCCGCGACCCUCCUCGCCCUCGCCCUCGCGCGCCUCGCCUCCGGCCUGCCCUACCCCGCGCUCGCCGACCGCUUCCGCGUCCCGCCCUCCGCGCCGCGCGCCGCCUCCCGCCGCCUCCGCCGCGUCCUCCUCGCCAAUUUCCGCUUCUGGCUCGCCUUCCCCACCGCCCCCACCACCCCCACCCCCUCCUGCCGCGGGGCGCUCGCCUGCGCGCGAUUCGCCGGUCCAUCCGGCCCCCUAGCGGCGCAGCUCGUGGCCGGCGCAUCCUCCCGCAUCCUCUCCCUCGCCGCGGGCUUCCGCGGCGACCGCACCGAUCUCGAGGUCCUCAAGCUAUCCUCUCUCUACCACGAGGUGGAGCAGGGGAAGCUGCUCGACCCCGCGCAGUACCUGGCUGGGGAUGGAACCGGGUACCCGCUGCUGCGCUGGCUCAUGGUGCCGUUCAAGGGGCCAAUGAUGCCCGGCUCCCCCGAGGCGGAGUUCAACGCCGCGCACAAGGCAAUGUGCCGGCCGGCGAGGCGCGCCGUAAGGAGCCUGAUGGGGUGGGGGGCCGUCGCGCGCCUCCACGAGGAGGAGAGUCCGCGGGCUGCCGUCACCUGCAUUGGGACCUGCGCCAUGCUUCACAAUGUGCUGCUGGCCAGGGAUGAUUUCUCUGCUUUGGCACCUGAGGAGGAGGGGGAUGAGGCAGCCAUUUGUUCUGGGGCAAUGCAAAGCCGGAGAGAUGGCUCCGCAGUGGAGCAGUUUAAGGUUGAUGAGCGGGCGGUGGCGAUGCGCAGCGCAUUGGCGGCCACGGUGAGCGACUGGCGGACGCAUACUUAGCGCACUGCUGAUUGUCUAACUGUUCCUGUCAUUGUUCAUUCUUUUGGAUCAUAUUGUUUGUGUAGUGGUGAGCUGUUCUGUUACAUUCGGUUCUUUAGUCUGUUGGCUGCUCAAUAAAUCAAGUAAUAAAGUUAACUAUUGAUUGAUCCAA